CUCGAAAGUGCCACCACACAUGUCGGCCCCAUUCGAGUCGACCCUUCAAUGGCUUUAAUACCGGCAGCAUCAUCAAAACCACUGACCCCAGGCCUCAAACCCGUCCUGGUCCUCGUGGCUGGCUGUUAGUCUGCCCGGCUAUCUCGUCCGUAUUUUUAUUAUUUUUUAUUUAUUUAUUUCUUUUCACCUCCCCGCCGUGCCGUCCCGCUGGUGCUGCUCCCCGACCGGCCGACCUGACCCAGCAAGCCGACGUCCCCAGCGACCGCCCGACGACGCCCUCGAGCCACGGCACGCUUUCCCCUUGCGCCAACCCCACCCACCCUGCCUUCGCGCUGUCUUGUGCAGUGGCCGAUCAAGACAGACCACAGAGCAGGAGGGCGUGCUUGCUUGUUCGCGUAUUUUUCCCGCGACCUGCCUCGUGCCGUUUCACCGCUCCCGGGCGACAAACAGCGCCGCCAUCCGCCGCCAACAGCCAGGCUCAGCCUGCCUGCCUGCACCUGCUGCGUCUCGCGUCUCCCCAAUUCUGCCAGCAGUCCAACCCAAGCAACCCGUCAAUCCCACUGCAGCCACCGAUCCGAGUGCCGCGUCUCGCCUUGGGCCCCCCCGCAAAACAAUAAACUCAGCUCGGCUCCCAGCAGCGCCUGCCUACACUCGCAGACAGCCACCACCACCGCACCGUCCGCUCCGACCCGUGAGCCCAACCCGAUCCGUCGCCGUCCAUCGCAGACGCAGCAGCGCAGAGUCCCAGGAGACCUCUCCUCCCACCUCUCUGUCUGCCUGCCUGGUCCGCUGCACAAAUGUUCUCCAAACUAAAGCGCGAGGUUUGUCCCCUGCCUGUGUUGCCUUAGCUUUUGUGUCUUUUUCUGCCUGUCAUAUUCGUCCCGCCCAACACCUCUUGUAGCCCAGCCCGUCUCGCUUCUCUCGAUCCAUCCCCUGCCACCGCCACCACCACCACAGCCACUGCUUUCCGUCGUCGCCUUCCGCUCUCCUUUGCGGCAGCCUCCCGUACGCACGCACCCUAAAUCGGCCACCGCCUGCUUGCAUCUUCCCCCAUCUCUCUUUCACGUCAGACGAACCAAGCAAACAAAACCCCUCUGCCCGACCCUCGUUGCCUGUUCCGCCAGCUGCCUCCCCGCCACCGCGCAGUGCCCUCCGCGAAUUGGGCGUCCAGCUGGCUGCUAGCUUCGUGUAUCUUCUCCUUUGGGGCUGGGAGCGGCCCGCCGCCUUGUCUGGAUUGGAGCGCGCUCCUGUCGUCCCCCUUUGCUGGCCCCAUCCUGCGUCAACGGUUGUCACCAGCUGCGCCGAGGGUCUCACCCCGCAACCUGCCGGCGACACCAGUAGCACUGCCAACACUCAUCACCCAAUUGCCCUGCUUUGUCUCCAGCGCAGCCUCGCCCGAGAUUGCCCACCAGCGUCUGGGCCGCUCGCGGAGAGCAUAGCUAGUCCGUGUGUACCAGCUAUCGUCCGCGAAAACCAACCCCGCUUUGCACCGCCCUCUGGCCCUCUUGGAUCACGUCUCCCCACCGCCCAGCGAGCGACAGGGUGUCCGGCAGCUCACCAAGAUGAGACGUCUCAGUCAGAAAGUUCUCUCGCGAGGCAAGGACCCGAACAAGUCUUCCAAGAAGAAUAAGGACUCCAAGGACGGCGCGGCCUCGCCACAACCCAGCGGCUCUCGGGAUGCCUCGAACCAGUCCCCUGUACUUACACCGACCUCGUCCACCUCGACUCUCAAUGACCCGCGAAACAAGCCGCUGCCGCCCAACAAUGGCAGUCCGCACGGUGCCGACGGCAGCCAGAUGAUGCAGAGCCAGGGAGGAGACCGGUUUGCCACCAUGGGCGGCUCGUCGCCUGCUUCUAAUGGAGGAAGCACACCUGUUAGGCACGGGCAGCUCCCGCCUACUGUUAUUAUCAGCCCUAGCAGCGCACCGCAUGUCCCACCCCCCGGAGCCGCAGAGACCAUGCCUCACGAUCUUGCUCCGCCCAAGGCUGGCCAGAAGUCGCUCAUGUUCGACCGUCUCCAGCAAACCCCCAAGGAUGUGCCAGAGGGUCUCAGGACUCCCAGGCGCCAGCACUCGUCGCGGUUCGACAUCUCGGAAGACAAGGAUCGCAAGAUGCACAAACUGCCAGGCUUCCACGAGGUCGAGAAGCCGCACGAGAAGGAGAAACUCUUCAUGGACAAGAUUGAGCAGUGCAAUGUCAUCUUUGACUUCAACGACGCCAGCAGUGACAUCAAGUUCAAGGAGAUCAAGCGCCUGGCACUCCACGAGCUUCUCGACUACGUCGCAAAUCACCGCCAGGUCAUCACGGAGCGCAUGUACCCGGAGGUGGUCAAGAUGUUUGCCAAGAACCUGUUCCGCCAGAUCCCCCCGCCCAUCAACCCGCAAGGCGAGGCCUUCGACCCCGAAGAAGACGAACCCGUGCUCGAGCCGGCUUGGCCGCACAUUCAGGUCGUGUACGAGUUCUUCCUCCGAUUCAUCGAGAGUCAAGACUUCAACACCAACAUCGCAAAGGCCUACAUCGACCACGGCUUCGUCCUGCAGCUACUUGAGCUGUUCGAUUCCGAGGACCCACGCGAGCGCGACUUCCUCAAGACCACGCUCCAUCGGAUAUACGGCAAGUUCCUCAACCUGAGGUCCUUUAUCCGAAGGUCAAUCAACAACGUCUUCUUCCAGUUCACAUACGAGACUGAGAGGUUCAACGGUAUCGCGGAGCUGCUCGAGAUCCUGGGAUCCAUUAUCAACGGAUUCGCCCUCCCCCUCAAGGAGGAACACAAGCUGUUCCUCACCAGGGUCCUGCUGCCGCUGCACAAGGUCAAGAGUUUGAGCAUGUACCAUCCCCAGCUGGCCUACUGCAUCGUUCAGUUCCUCGAGAAAGACGCCUCCCUUACUGAGGAGGUCGUCUUGGGUCUGCUGCGGUACUGGCCCAAAGUCAACAGCACCAAGGAGGUCAUGUUUCUCAACGAGGUCGAGGACAUUUUCGAGGUUAUGGACCCUGCCGAAUUUGCCAAGGUCCAGGAACCUCUUUUCCAUCAGCUGGCCAAGUCCGUCGCCAGCCCCCACUUCCAGGUCGCAGAGAGAGCACUGUACUUCUGGAAUAACGAGUACUUUUGCAAUCUCGUAAGCGACAAUGUCGAGAUCAUCCUCCCAAUCAUGUUCGCGCCCCUUUACGAGAACUCCAAAGGCCACUGGAAUCGGACGAUCCACGGCAUGGUUUAUAAUGCCAUGAAGCUCUUUAUGGAGAUCAACCCCCAACUCUUCGACGAUUGCUCGCACGAAUACACUGAGCAGCAGAACAGUGCGGGCGCUAGGGAAGCCCUGCGUGAGCGCAAGUGGGCGGCAAUCACUGAGCAGGCCAACAUGCGUAAGGCCAAUGGGAUUGGCGACAAGUCGGGCACGCCUGGCAGAUCCCACAUGAACUCGAUGCCGCGGCUGGACGAAGUCGACCCCGCCGAAGACAACCAGAAGCGCCUGGACUCGCUUAAGUUGCAGGACGGCGAACGGAGGGAUCGUCGGCCGGGGAUGCACGACAGGCAAAGCUCGGUGGGCUCGGCUCGGAGCCGGUGAGCCUAGGACAGAAAAGUAGCCCGGGUCAAGCCGAAGCGCGUCUAGCCCCGGCCAGCCAAAGUCAUCUUGUGGUUCGCUCCUUUCUCCCCGACCGCAUGGCCGGGUCUGUGUCUGUUGGCCGUAUGCGCCACACCCAUGUCUCACCUAUUUAUUUAUUCUUUACUCUUAACCAACGGCGCAUCUCGAUAGACAGCUUCGCUUUCCGGAUUCGCAUGAGCCCUUGCUCUCGGGAUUUUUGUUGCCACCCUUUUUAUUCGCAAUCACGGUAAGGGCACAGAAAACUCUCGUUUUGGCUUUCUGUCUGUUUCUUGUGGGAUUUGUAUGGGUUGACGCAUACACAACGUCGACCUUAGCUGGUGGCAGCAACACCUUUUUAUUUGGCGGACUUUCAAGGUGUAUUUGAUGAAUGCGUGGGGGGUUUUAGGGUGGCGCCCAUGUUCUCUUCUUUCCUCUUCUCUCUCAUUUCUUCUUCUUUUUGGCUGGAUCAAGCCGUUGAGUUCGAGGUCCUUUUCUCAGGCUUUCUUUUUGGUACUGAACAAUUUUUCUGUUUGAAGAGUUUGGGGUGGGGAGGACGUGGUCUUAGAAAAUCCUGGCCAGAAUACCAAAAACACACCCACGCAUAGUCUCGAGGGGGGGACAACGACGUGUUCCCCGUCUCUCUAUUCCUAUUCGUACACUCUCAGCCCUAAAAACAGCCCGGCCGCAACAGUCGGCUUUUGAAUGCGACAGCCCUCCUUUCCAUCGC